CCCUUGACCAGAAGCGAACCUGGGACCCUUCAGUCUGCAGGCUGACGCUCUACCCAUUGAGCCACACUGGCCAGGGCUAAAGAAAUCAUUUGACCCAUCUUUUCAGUGUGCACAUUACACAGUGACUCCCUGAUAUGUCCGUUUGGUACACUUUUCAUGAGCGGGCGAUGGCCGUUCAGGUAGCCAAGCUGAGUGGCUGAGGGCUGGGCAGACCACCCUCCAGCCCUUCCUGCCUUGGCCUCUGCCUCUGGCGUGGCCUGAGCCAGCUGGGCCUCCCAGAGGCGGCCUGGGUGUUGCGGGGAGAAGUGGGGAGCGAGCGGCACGGCUGAGCCAGACCCCAUCCUGCCCGCAGCUCAGAGCCUGGCAAUGCCGUUUGGGUGUGUGACUCUGGGGGACAAGAAGAACUAUAACCAGCCGUCGGAGGUGACGGACAGAUAUGAUUUGGGACAGGUCAUCAAAACGGAGGAGUUCUGCGAGAUCUUCCGGGCCAAGGACAAGACCACGGGCAAGCUGCACACCUGCAAGAAGUUCCAGAAGCGGGACGGCCGCAAGGUGCGGAAGGCGGCCAAGAACGAGAUCGGCAUCCUCAAGAUGGUGAAACACCCCAACAUCUUGCAGCUGGUGGAUGUGUUUGUGACCCGCAAGGAGUACUUCAUCUUCCUGGAGCUGGCUACUACUCGGAACGAGACACGAGCAACGUGGUGCGGCAGGUCCUGGAGGCCGUGGCCUACCUGCACUCGCUCAAGAUCGUGCACAGGAACCUCAAGGCUGAAGAACUCCAAGAUUGUCAUCAGCGACUUCCACCUGGCCAAGCUGGAGAACGGCCUCAUCAAGGAGCCCUGCGGGACCCCCGAGUACCUGGCCCCGGAGGUGGUAGGCCGGCAGCGGUAUGGACGCCCCGUGGACUGCUGGGCCAUUGGAGUCAUCAUGUACAUCCUGCUUUCGGGGAACCCGCCUUUCUACGAGGAGGUGGAGGAGGACGACUACGAGAACCACGACAAGAAUCUCUUCCGCAAGAUCCUGGCUGGCGACUAUGAGUUUGACUCUCCGUACUGGGACGACAUCUCGCAGGCGGCCAAAGACCUGGUCACGAGGCUGAUGGAGGUGGAGCAGGACCAGCGCAUCACCGCCGAAGAGGCCAUCUCUCACGAGUGGAUUUCUGGCAACGCCGCUUCCGAUAAGAACAUCAAGGAUGGUGUCUGUGCCCAGAUUGAGAAGAACUUCGCCAGGGCCAAGUGGAAGAAAGCUGUCCGAGUGACCACGCUCAUGAAGAGGCUGCGGGCGCCAGAGCAGUCCAGCGCCGCAGCCGCCCCGUCGGCUCCAGCCACAGACACUGCCGCACCUGGGGCUGCAGGUGGGGCUGCCCUGGCCCUUGGGGGCAGUGCCACCUCAGCCACAGCAGGUGACGCUGCAAAGAGUGAUAGUGCAGUCCCUGCAGACCGCAGUGCCACCCCAGCCACCGAUGGGAGCAUCACCCCAGCCACCGAUGGAAGCGUCACCCCAGCGACCGAUGGGAGCAUCACCCCAGCCACUGACGGGAGCGUCACCCCAGCCACUGACAGGAGCGCCACGCCAGCCACGGAUGGGAGAGCCACGCCAGCCACGGAAGAGAGCACUGUGCCCACCAGCCAAAGCAGUGCCACCCCCGAGCCAGCUUCGGCCCAGCCGGACAGCACAGCCUCAGGGGGCGCAGCAGGCCAGGCUCCGGCCUCUAGCGAAGGGGAAGAGGCUGCUGGCUCUGCCGAGUCCCGCAGGGAGGAGACCAGCUGAGUGGGCAGGCUAGUGGGGGGCAGGGACGGGCAGGAGGGUGGGAGAGUGGAUGAGGGGCUUUUCACUGUACAUAGAGUCACUGGCAUGAUGCCCUCGCACCCCUCCCCAGCCCCUGCCUCUCACUGUGGGGCACGUCUGGGGGCCACGGGGGAGCAGUCUCGUCUCCCGUGUGUAUGUGUGAGUGGGGGGCAAGCCAGAGGCAGGACCGGCCCCAGCCCCUGCAUGGAUUCCUGUGGCUUUUGUCUUUCGCUAGCUUCACCAGUUCUGUUCCUGUGGGAUGCUGCUCUAGGGAUCCUCAGGAGGCCCCUGCGCCUCUUCCCUUCUGCCUCAAACCCCCCCAGGCAGGCCCUGCAGUCCCAUUCCCUCCCAGGCCCUAAACUUGGGUGGCCUUGCCCUGAGAGCUGGUCCUCCAGCGAGGCCCUGUCAGCGGUCUUAGGCUUCUACACACGGAGGUAUGUGCCUGUGGUACUGGGCGACUCUAGGAGUGGACACAGGCUGGUCCAGGGAAUGCAGAAAUCUGGAGCAGUAUGCUUUAGGACAAGACUGGGCGUGUGGCUGGGGGCACUGCUCGGUAGCUGUGGGGUCCUCAGAAGUGAAAAGGAGGGUAGAAGCUUCCAUCUUUGUCCCUGGGAAGCCUCUCCCGAGACCCUCCCUGCCUCCUGGGUCCUGCAGUGGGUUGCCGUGUGCCGAGUCCAGGAGCCUGAGUGGGGAAGGAGCAGCUAGGAGGUGGCGAUGAGAACCGGGAGGACAGAGCGCAGGCCCAGCACUAGUGCACCAGCCUAGCUGGGUCCUUGCCACGAGCCAGACGGGAAGGGCUGAUAUCCCUGGCUCUUCCCAGACGGCCACCCUCUGGAUCAGUUGACGGUCCUCUCCAUCCCGGGGCCUGCUGCAUGGCAGUGUCCCACUUCAACCCCGAAAAAGAGAGGCGUCCCCGUGAUGUCUGACCCGCUCCCCCUCCUAUGGGGGCCGAGAGAGGCCCAGGUGCCUCUGAGCCGUGCUGAGCUCCUUUGCUGAGAUGAGGAGGUGGGACGAGGCUCCCCAGUUUCCUGAUGGAGGCUCCUGGUAGGUGCACUUGUCAGACCCCACCACGGCCUGGGCAGGCAGCCGCACUGGUCCCGGCCCGCUCGGCACUCUGGUGGCGGCCCUGCCCUUCUCCCUGCAUGCCUGUGGGUCUGCUCUGGUGUAUGAAGAUCAGUGGGCGAACUGUGCCUGCUGAACCUGGCAAAUAAAUGUCACCCUGCCAACGCCUCUGGCCACCCUCUCA